CGUUUGGUUUUAUCUUUUUGGAUGACGAUUUCAAUGUGAUAAUCUGCUUAAGAGUAGUUCAGUUGGAAUUGGCAUUAGCCACGCGAUUGUUGUUCUGUGUCUAAAGUUUUAUUAAUUUUUUAAAAUUCUUUUUAUUUGUGUGAUUUGUAGAGAAAUGACUUUUCACUUGAGAAAAUCAAUUGGUUUGCUGUGCAUGUCUGUGUCACUUUUGGUUUCUGCACAACUUUUUCCAGUCUCAAUUAUCCACCUCAACGAUUUUCACGCACGGUUCGAAGAAGUCAACAGCAAUUCGGGCACAUGCAAACCCGAUGAGGGAGAAGUGUGUAUUGGAGGCUACGGAAGAGUAGUGACCACGGUCAAGAGACUCCUGGAGGAGAAGAAGAACCUCAAUCCCAUCUAUCUCAAUGCUGGGGAUAAUUUUCAGGGGACUCUAUGGUACAACAUUCAUCGAUGGAAUGUCACAAGUUACUUCCUAAAUCUCCUGCCAGCGGAUGCAAUAACGCUGGGUAAUCAUGAAUUUGACCAUCAGGUUUCAGGAGUUGUACCCUUCCUGGAGACCAUCAAGUCACCAAUAGUAGUGGCCAAUGUGGAUGCUUCAGAGGAGCCCACAUUCGAUGGGAAAUUCAGCAAGACUUUCGUGAUUGAUAAGUACGAGAGGAAGAUCGGCAUUAUCGGUGUUAUGCUCCAGACAACUCCGAAUAUCGCCAGCACUGGAAGGUUGAAGUUCACGGAUGAGGCUACGGCUGUGAGGGAAGAAGCUGCCAAACUCAAGAGCCAAGGGAUCAAUAUUAUCAUCGUCCUGUCCCAUUCUGGUCUGGAUGUGGAUAUUGCAAUUGCCGAGAAUGGUGGUCCAGAUAUCGAUGUGAUCGUCGGAGGGCACAGUCAUACAUUCCUUUGGACUGGAGAGGGUUCCCCAGGACCUGACUUCCCUCGAGGGGAGUAUCCAACAAUCGUCGAGCAAGCCCAGCAUGGGAACCGAAGGAUUCUGAUUGUUCAAGCCUCAGCCUAUACCAAAUACUUGGGAGACAUUACUGUGUACUUUGAUGAGGCUGGAGAGGUUGCAGAUUACAAUGGAGCACCGAUCUACUUGGGACCAGAGAUUCAGCCUGAUCCUGUGAUCCAGGAAGAGUUGAUUCCCUGGAAAGAGGUCGUGGAUGAGGCUGGAUUGAAGGUUGUGGGUCAUUCGAAGAUUGAGAUCACAAAGCAGGGAUGCAGCAAUGGGGAAUGCAAUUCUGGGAACUUGAUCACUGAUGCCUACGUCCAUUCCUACGUUACCCGGGGUCCCAAGCCUGAGAAGGGAUGGAUCCAUGCUGCUCUCUGUGUAACGAAUACCGGAGGAAUCAGGUCACUGCCAUCAACUCCUGGUCCACUGAAUUAUGGGGAUCUUGUGGCGAUAAUCCCAUUUGAGAAUACUCUGGACUCAUUGGAGCUGAGAGGGAAUCACAUCCUCGACAUGCUGGAAUUUGCUGCCUCAUCAACCCUCACGUGGCUCCAAGUUUCCGGAAUGAAGAUAGUGUUUAACAUGACAAAACCAGUUGGGGAGAGGGUCACUUCCGUAGAUCUCCUUUGCAAUGAAUGCGACAUCCCGGUGUAUGAACCCUUGGAAGUGGACAGGAUGUACAGAUUCAUAAUGCCAUCGUUCCUGGCCGGAGGAGGAGAUGGAUUCUACGUGGUGUCGGAAAACAAACAGAAUCACGUUGUUGGGGGGAUUGAUAUUGAUGCCUUUGAGGAGUAUGUUGCCAAGAUGUCCCCACUGGUAAAUCCAAUAACUGGCCGGAUAACCGUUGUAACGUAAAACACAAUCAAAAGUCGUUAAGAAAAUAUAACAUUGGAAUUUUUUAACACCUGGA